AUGCGCAGCGUGGCGGUGGUGCGGAGGGUGCGGCACGCGAACCGCUGCACCACCGAGGGCCCGCUGCUGACGUUGAUGGAGGGCGGUCCGCCCAGCGACGUGAUCCGAGACGUGGCGGCCAUGGAUAUCUCCCGCAGCGUGGACGACAGGCAGGAGCCGAUGUGA